AUGGUCUAUAAUGUAUUGUUGAAAAAUCCCAGAAAAUAUGUGACGAAGCUUCGAGCUUGGACAGCCAAGGACAGUAUCGACAAGCUUAAAAUGAAGCAACAAACCGUUGCGUGA